AUGAAGUUAAAGACUUUGAUGAGGGGAGAGCUUGGUUCCUUGUGGCUGGAGAGCAAGACCUGUAAUCAAGCCGUUGAGUCUUCUAGCGACCACGAGCCACCGCGACGGAAGGAGUAUAUCGCGGUGCCUUCGGAGGGCGACGAGCGGCUCGUUCCAACCGUUGCAGGGGAAUCCCAGAGCGUCAAAAAGGAGUUGGAAGAAUAUGGUGACUUCGAAGAGCCUCGUCGUGGCGACCACGGAGGCCUCGCUGCUUACCCACCUCGAGGGGACUCGCAAACGAGUUUUGAAGAGCUCGAGUACCUGGAGGAGUCUCAUCCCGGGGAUCAUAACCAUCAGUACCAGGCUCGCGUCAAAGAACUGUUGCAACGCACUCAACUUCAACGGAUGUCGCAGUUCUAUGCAGAUGGGCUUCGUACCGUAUCCGUACCUCGGUCGGAACACCCGAUAUGUACGCCCGAGGCCCUCUCACGCCUAUGUCUCCCCAGCCCAAGUCAUCCACUCUACAGGCCAGCACCACAGACAUCACCGAACACGGAGCUAUCUAACAUCUCUAGUGGAUUCUACGAUGAUGAAGCGCUUGAAAACGAAAGGAGACAUGUGGAAAACAGGGUCCAGCUGCCGCGGGAUAGUCCAACGUAUGGUUCUCUCCGCACCGACAACCUCCCGGUUUACCAUGAAGAAAGCACAGAAUGCGCCCCUCCCUUGGCAUCAGCGGUUAAGCAAGAAGUCAGUCUCCCAAUGGCAUCGCCGGAGACCACGAGAGACUCGGCAGAUUUCAUAAAUUCUCUAGUCGCGGGAUCUCCCUGGCGGCCCGUUUCGAACAGCAUCGGCGUCCGGGUGAAAGCGGAAGAGAGGGGCCCCGAGAUCGGCCCGCUGCGGAGGACUCGGUCCACCAGAUCCAAGAGAACGUCCGCCAUUGCUGUGGACGAGCUAGACGAAGAAUCCAAAGUCAGCGACAGUGGUUAUUUCCCGAGGUAUUAUGAGUGCGGCGCCUGCAACUUGCGAAUGAGGUCCCACCAAGGGCUAAACAAGCAUUUCUCUUCGCACGGCUCCAACUUGCCCAACCUGCCGGCUGUCUGCGCCAUCUGCCGCGAGGCCCUUCCCAACGCCUUCGAACUUGACAACCACGUCCGAACGCACGACGAUGCGGGGAAAGAGCUCAUGCAGAGGCGGCGGGCGGAGAGGGGCGUCAGGAGGCGCCACGAGUGUCCUCACUGUGGGAAGUCCUUGGCCAAGCGAGACAGCCUGGUGGAACACAUGAGGAUACAUACAGGAGAAAAGCCUUAUACUUGCGAGCAUUGUCAGGAGUCAUUUCGAUCUUGGUCGAUGUACUGGGAGCACAUUCGACGCCACAGAGGGAUGAAGUACAAGUGCACCACGUGCAAGAUGGAGUUCAAGGACCAGUUUUACCUGCAGAUGCAUAGCUGUAGUUUAAACGUCAUGCUAAAAGGAUGAUAUUUGCUGAACACUUGCAAAUACGUGUAAAAAAUAUAUUUUCCCG